UGCUUCUCCUACGCGAACCCAGAAAUCGUUGGGUGGCGUCUUAUGUUCGCAUUUGCCGGAGUGCCAUCGCUUAUUCAGUUCAUUGGCUUUUUCCUUUUACCCGAAAGUCCACGAUAUCUUUUCCAAACCGGACAAACUGAAUCAUGCAAAUUGGUUUGCUUUUAGCACUGUAACAAUGAAAAACGAACUUCUGAUGAAUUUGCACAUAUAA